AUGUUCCGCUCACGCUUCCCAAGGAUAGGGCUUUUUGCGAAGAAGAACUUCACUAGGAGUUUUUCACAACAUAUGCCUCCAUUGAGACAUGAUUACACACAAGGCAUUGCUGAAUUCAUGGGGCCAGGAGCUUUCCAACUCUCAUGGACUAAUUAUCAACAGCUGAUGGUGGACAACUUGAGCAAGGCAACAGCAGGAAAGGCUCACCUCGAAGGACAAUCACCCAAAGAAAUUGCCAUCAUGUGUGCGCGAGAUCCAGAUCAGGCGGCGACUUUCAACUAUGCAUCAAUGGCAUUCAACAAUAACUUCUUCUUCGACGGCCUUCAACCACAACCCGUGGACACGCCCGUCAUUCAACCCAGGCUUAAAGCCGCCAUCGAGAACUCUUUUACAUCUGUCGAUUCCCUCAAAAUGGAAUUCGUCGUUACAGCAAGUAAAAUGUUCGGGCCCGGAUUUGUGUGGUUAGUGAAGGACAGAUUCGACCAACUUUCGAUGAUGACCACAUAUCUAGCAGGUUCACCAUUCGCUGGCGCACACUACAGAAGACAGGCGAAGGAUAUGAACACCGAGAGUUUUAACAAUAAGACCGAUUACUUCACGCAAAAGUUGACGGAGCCACCUGUAAACACAGUUGGAGCACAUGGGCCAUUGAGCAAAAUUAGGAAGCCACCAGGAGGAAUCGAGCUCACGCCGAUUCUUUGCGUCAACACAUGGGAGCACGUAUGGAUCGCAGACUACGGAAUGGGGGCUGACGACGUUGGAGGAAAGAAAGUGUUUGUUGAGAAUUGGUGGCGUGUCAUUGACUGGGCUGGGGUGGCAGAUCACGCAGGCUUAAAGGGAAACGCCUACUCGCCUGCAAAGUUUGAGCAGUGA